CUGGGAGUCGUAACCCGCCGGAGAGCGUCACUGGCUGGCGCUGCGGUGGUCUGUGGUGUCUCGCCGGUUCCCUUCGCGUCUCUCUGCACUGCUUCAGCUGCCGCGGCGGCACCAUGGUUGUGCUCAUCGUGCUCCUGUCCUUGCUGGUAGCGGGUGUUUCAGGGAAUGAGUUUAGCAUAUUAAGAUCACCAGGAUCUGUUGUUUUCCGAAAUGGAAAUUGGCCUAUACCAGGAGAGCGAAUCCCAGAUGUGGCUGCAUUGUCCAUGGGCUUCUCUGUGAAAGAAGACCUUUCUUGGCCGGGACUUGCAGUGGGUAACCUAUUCCACCGGCCCCGGGCUACCAUUAUGGUGAUGGUAAAGGGAGUGGACAAACUGGCUCUCCCUCCAGGCAGUGUCAUCUCCUACCCUUUGGAGAACGCUGUUCCUUUUAGCCUUGACAGUGUUGCAAAUUCCAUUCAUUCCCUAUUUUCUGAAGAAACUCCUGUAGUUUUGCAGUUGGCUCCCAGUGAGGAAAGAGUGUAUAUGGUGGGGAAAGCAAACUCAGUUUUUGAAGACCUUUCAGUCACAUUACGGCAGCUUCGUAAUCGCCUGUUUCAAGAAAACUCCGUUCUUAACUCACUUCCUCUCAAUUCUCUGAGCAGAAACAAUGAAGUUGACCUGCUGUUUCUUUCUGAACUGCAAGUGCUACAUGAUAUUUCAAGUUUGUUGUCUCGUCAUAAGCAUCUAGCCAAGGAUCAUUCCCCUGAUUUGUAUUCACUGGAGCUGGCAGGUUUGGAUGAAAUUGGGAAACGCUAUGGGGAAGACUCUGAACAAUUCAGGGAUGCUUCCAGUAUCCUUGUUGAUGCUCUGCAAAAGUUUGCAGAUGACAUGUACAAUCUCUAUGGUGGGAAUGCAGUGGUAGAGUUAGUGACUGUCAAAUCAUUUGACACAUCUUCUGUGAGGAAGACAAGGACCAUCCUUGAGGUGAAACAAGAGGACCCAGAAACUCCCUACAACCUGGCAUAUAAGUAUAAUUUUGAAUAUUCAGUGGUUUUCAACAUGGUACUUUGGAUUAUGAUUGGCUUAGCCUUGGCUGUGAUUAUUACCUCUUAUAAUAUUUGGAAUAUGGAUCCUGGAUAUGAUAGCAUUAUAUAUAGGAUGACAAACCAGAAGAUUCGAAUGGAUUGAACUUUCCUUAUGCCAGACUUAGACAAAAGGUUUGGUAAUUGGCCGUUUCGUUAAAAUAUCCCUUUUAAUGUGGUUUAAAGUAGAUAGUAUACCUGAAAUUUAUUAAAAAAAGAUUUUUGUUCUAUUUUGUGCAUGCUUGUGAUUUUUUUAGAGUGAGUUAUAGUACUGACAUGAAUUUGAAUUGUGAUAUAGAAUCCAUAAUAUGCCUGGAUAUUGUUGAUGUAGCCAUUUACUAAUGUAAUUUCAUUCCAUUUAAUAAAUUUGGAAAUAUGCGCUGAAAGAAAUGAAAAACACUUAGAAUGGCUGUGCUAUUUAUGUUGGAAAAAUGCACUGAAUUUGUUAGAGAAGUUUAUGAAUGCUUAAUUGCCUUACACAGGAUAGAUAAAAAUUAUAUAUGUGUUGUUAUACACUAGGAACCAUUUGUGAAUAUCUUAAUUUAAUGUAAAUAUCUCUGAAACAAGAGAAAAGAUUUUUUUAACUUAGAGUAGCCCAGAAAUACUUUAUGUGCUUAUACAAUCGCUUAGUUUUGGAAUUAUAUCUGUUUGGCAGGCUAGCUGUUUUUCAACCUCUUCUAUGAGUUUGGUGAUCCAUAUGAUGUAAUAGGAAAUUAAAAAUACUACAUUGAUUAAAGAAGAGAGUAGCUUUGUGGAACAUAGAUGCUUGUAAUUAGAUAAACCAAAAUAAAUCUGUGGGAGACUUCUUGAGGCAUUAAUAUAAAAUAUUUUUAUUUCAGUAACUUUUUCCCCUGUGAAGUUACUAUGGUUCAUGGUACAACGUCAUUCUGUAGAAUAUUAAGUGGAAGUAGAUGAUUGCUACUUUUCAUGUGGACCAAUGUCUAUACAGAGUGAUAAAUAAAGUUAAUGAUUCCAAA